AUGCCUGGUAAUAAAUCUAAUCCAGUGUUACAUAAUGUUUAUCAUGUACCGGAUAUAAAGAAAAACUUGUUGUCAGUGAAACAACUAACAACAUUAGAAAACUACGUCUUGUUUGGGCCAGAAGAUGUGAAAGUCUAUAAAGAUGUUAAGAUAAUAGGAAAGCUGACAAUAGAAGGGCGAAGAGUGGAGUCCGUUUACGUCCUAUCUACAGAGUCUGCCUAUGUUGACAACACCCGGAAGAAUGAGACAACAGAUCUAUGGCAUGCAAGAUUGGGACAUGUUGGCUACCACAAGUUGAAGCUUAUUAUGGAGAAAUUCAUGCUCAAAGGUCUAGCUCAACUUGAAGUCAAAGCAGACGUUGUUUGCGCUGGAUGUGAAUAUGGUAAAACUCAUCAAUUAGCAUACGAAGAGCUAAAAUUCAAAGCAACGAAACCAUUAGAGUUAAUUCACUCUGAUUUGUUCGGUCUAGUCAAACAAGCAUCAAUCAGUGGAAUGCGGUAUAUGGUGACGUUCAUUGACGACUACUCAAGAUAUCGGUAG